AUGAAGUCGAUAACAUUGCUUUUUAUUACUAUACUCUUCACAACAGUUCUAAGUGAAGAAAAUUGCGAGGAAAAGAAGAAACAUCAUUUGCAUGACCAAGAAUUUGGUAUGGCACUUACACCUGAUGCUUUAAUAACAAGCAUGAUGACGCCCUGGAUGCUCAGAGAUUACUUUCGCCCGUGGAGAUACCUUGAUGAAAUUACUCGGGACUUUGGAUCAACUAUUGUUAGCGACAAGCAGAAAUUUCAAAUUAAUUUGGAUGUACAACAUUUUGCUCCAGAUGAAAUAAACGUCAAAACUGGUGAUGGCUAUGUAAUGAUUGAAGCAAAACAUGAUGAAAAAAGAGAUGAACAUGGAUCAAUUUCACGCCAAUUCGUAAGGAAAUACUCUUUACCGGAUGGGGUAGAGUCGGAAGAUGUGGUAUCUCAACUUUCAAGUGAUGGUAUCUUAACGAUUACGGCGCCUAGAAAAGAAGUGGAUUCAAAAGGUGAAAGAAUCGUGCCCAUUACACAGACUGGGCCUAUCAAGAAGGAUAACAAAGAGACAAAAGCUGCUUCCGAAGGAACCUGUCAAGCGCAGGAUGGAAAGUGUGGUUCAUAA